AUGUCCUUCGUCGCCAUCAAACUCCUCAAACUGGGCUACAACCAAGCGAAGAAGCACAAAGCCAAAAAAGAAGCCCAAAAGUACCAAGAUGCCCCCUACAAUCCCACCUACCCCCAAGAACAACACCCAAUGACCAGCUACCCAACCGGCGCCGCCCCAGGCACAACCAUCCACUUCAACGAACCCAAACCCGCCUCGAAACCCGCCUUCAUGGCCCUCUCCGCCCUCCGCUUCCUCCAAUUCGUCUUCGGCCUAACUGUCAUAGGCCUCUACGGCCGCGACGUCCACCACGACCACGCGCACGCCGACACCUGGCAUGCGAAAUGGGUCUACGCUCUCAUCGUGGCGUUCCUGGCUACUGUCACUGCGGCUGUGCAUCUUAUUGUACCAUUUGUUAUGCGCAAGGCAAAGGCGAAUGCUGCUACAGGACCGGGUCUGCUGCUGCCGCAGUUCGUGUGGGAGACUGUUGUUACGGUGCUUUGGCUGGUGCUUUUUGGCAUCUUUGGGAAGAUGUAUAUUGGUGUCCAUGGUGGCAAGGGGUCGGAGGGGCUUGGGGAUGGGGAGAAGAUUACGCGUAUGAGACAUGCGGUUUGGGUUGAUGUUAUUAAUCUGGCGUUUUGGGUUGUUAGUGGUGCUUGGGUUCUGGUUAGGUGGUUGAAGAGUCGGAGGGUUGGGGGUGAGGUUGAUGCUGAGAAGGCUGAGAAGAUUUGA